AUGGAUUCCCUGGACUCCAAGGCAGAAAAGAAGGAGGAUAAAGAGAUAUUGACGUCCAAGCGAAAGAGAAAGCGGAAACGCAGUAACCGACAUAACAAGGGCAAGGAUGAGAACAAGAAGCCUCGAAUCGUCGAAAAUGGCGACGAAUCCAGUCCAGCCUCUGAAGGAAUGAUUAAAAAUGUCGCUGCCAGUUAUAAAAAAGAUAUACCCGGCAUGAAAAGCCAUUCAAAAAAUGGUGCCGCCAAUUCGGCCUCAAACGGUAGUUCGGCCAAUCUCAGGGAAAAGGCUAAGGCCCUGUAUGAAGCAAGGAAAAAGCUCCCCAUCUUUGGACACGCUGAUGAAAUCCGCGCCCAUCUUCGACGGACCGAUGUUAUGCUACUUAUUGGUGAAACGGGCAGCGGUAAAAGUACCCAAGUGCCGCAGUUUUUGGUAGAUGAGGAUUGGUGUCGCCCCAAGUCGGCCAAGAUAAAGAACGGGAAGACAGCCUCAGUGGGUGGCUGUAUAGCCAUUACCCAGCCCAGGCGUGUAGCAGCCGUCUCGCUUGCACGAAGAGUAGCGGAGGAAGUGGGUUGCCCGCUUGGUUCUGCCUCUCCUGCGAGUAAAGUCGGUUAUGCAGUUCGUUUUGAUACGUCUGUUUCUCCAAACACCCGUAUCAAGUUCAUGACGGAUGGAAUGCUGUUGCAGGAAAUGCUGGGUGAUCCAUGGUUGACGAAUUAUAGCGCUAUAGUCGUUGAUGAAGUUCAUGAAAGGGGAAUCAAUGUUGAUUUGCUUCUUGGGUUUCUCAGGAAUAUUGCUACUGGGUCGAAGGAAGGGAGAGGGGGAAUUCCAUUGAAGAUCGUGGUUAUGAGCGCUACCGCUGAUAUGGAGAGCUUGAUGGAAUUCUUUACCGAGGGAUUCAGCCAGGGCUCCAAGAGAGAGAACGAGUCAAGGACGGAAGAAAAUACCGAUGCCGACGUCCGGAAAACCGGGAGACAAUCUAAAAGGGAGAAAAAUAAUCAAGUGCUGUCGGAUCAGAUUUCUGUUUGCCAUAUAAAGGGCCGUCAAUUCCCUGUUACGACCAUAUAUUCUCCAUCGCCAGUUCCAGAUUUUGUGGACGCAGCACUUAAAACAAUAUUUCAGAUUCACUACAAGGAGCCACUACCUGGUGACAUACUGGUUUUCUUGACAGGCCAAGAAACGGUGGAAACCCUCGAGUAUCUGGUUAAUGAUUAUGCUAGUACUAUGGAUAAGGAGUUGCCAAAUGUGCUGGCUGUACCGCUCUUUGCGGCCCUCCCCCAAGUCGCUCAACAGAGAGUCUUCCUGCCUACACCUCCAAGGACAAGGAAGGUCAUCUUAGCUACAAAUAUUGCUGAAACUUCCGUUACCGUUCCCGGAGUACGCUAUGUGAUUGACUGUGGCAAAGCGAAAACAAAACAGUUCAGGACACGCCUGGGCUUAGACUCUUUGCUGGUUAAGCCGAUAUCGAAAUCUGCUGCCAUACAGAGGAAAGGUCGUGCAGGUCGAGAAGCAGCUGGGCAAUGCUACAGGUUAUAUCCUGAGAAAGAAUACCUUGCCUUGCCGGAAACCAAUACUCCCGAGAUUCUGCGAUGUGAUGUGAGCCAGGCCAUAUUAACGAUGAAAGCCAGAGGUGUCGAUGACAUUGUUGGAUUCCCCUUCCUUACUCCCCCUCCUCGAGACGCUAUCGAGAAAGCGUUAUUGCAGCUUUUCAAUAUAAACGCUCUGGAUGAAACGGGGAAAAUAAGCCCUAUAGGUAGCCGGAUAGCUAAGCUUCCACUUACGGCACCCUUGGGUCGUGUUCUUCUUGCUGGAGCAGAGAAGGGAGCCCGUUGUCUGAGAGAUGUUAUUGAUGUAAUUUCCUGCCUGAGUGUGGAGAACAUCUUCCUAAACACGUCUUCUGAAGAGAAAAAGGAGCAAGCAGAUCUGGCGAGGCGUGACCUGUACAGGAGAGAAGGUGAUCAUUUGACUAUGCUUGCAACAGUUCGAGCAUAUGCAGCUGAGAACACUGACCGAAAGGCAUGGGCUGAGCGCCAUCUUGUCUCCCACAGAGCAAUGCAGGCGGUUAUGGAUGUGCGAAAGCAACUGCUCACUCAAUGUAAACAAUCCAAGCUAUUUAGUGAUACAUCUUUCGAAGUAGACGACUCUACGCCUUUGGGAAACGAAGAUCCGGUGCCGAUAUUAACUAGCUUCCUUACUGGGUUUGCAACGAACACAGCACGACUAUUCCCUGACGGUAGCUAUCGGACGCUGGUAGGAAACCAAAGUGUCGCCAUUCACCCGUCGAGUGUGCUUUUUGGCAGGAAAGUCGAGGCUAUCAUGUAUAAUGAAUAUGUGUUUACCAGUCGAAGCUAUGCGAGGGGUGUCAGCGCAGUGCAGAUGAAUUGGAUUGGAGAGGUACAUCAGGGCAUCGCAGAAUAG